CGGCCGCGGCGGUAGCAGUAUCCUCCGCGGCUGUUCCUCCUUGCGGCUCGGAGCCCGCGGCUCCCCUGGCUCCCCUGGCUCCCCUGGCUCCCAAAGAGCAUCUCGCGGGGCGGCUCUGGCCGGCGCCAGCCCUCGGGCCGGGCCGGAUGACCAGGCGACUGUAACCACUCGCCGCCCUCUCCCGGCCCGGCGCACCACUGCCCGCGCGCGAGUCGCCCCGGGACCCGGCACAGGUUGAAGAAGUAUGGAUACCAACACCAUAUUGGUCAUCAGCGCUGGUUUUACCAGCUUUUUCACCUUUCAGCUUCUUUUCCACUUUGUAAGUUAUUGGUUUUCAGCAAAAGUUUCUCCAGGUUUUAAUAAUCUCAACUUUGAAAAGAAGAUUGAAUGGAACUCAAGGGUAGUGUCUACGUGUCAUUCUUUGGUGGUUGGGGUUAUUGGCUUGUACAUAUUCUUGUUUGAUGAGGCUACUAUUGCUGAUCCACUUUGGGGUGAUCCAUCUCUUGUGAAAGUGAAUAUUGCUAUUGCUUCAGGCUACCUCAUUUCUGAUUUGUUGAUUCUCAUUUGGUAUUGGAAAGUGAUUGGUGACAAGUAUUUUAUAAUUCACCAUUGUACAGCGCUGUAUGCAUACUACUUUGUACUGAGGGAUGGAGUGCUGGGAUACAUUGGGAAUUUUCGCCUGCUUGCAGAACUUUCCAGCCCUUUUGUGAAUCAGCGGUGGUUCUUUGAGGCUCUGAAGUAUCCUAAAUUUUCCAAGGCUAAUGUCAUCAAUGGAAUACUCAUGACUGUGGUGUUCUUCAUAGUGCGGAUUGCCUCAAUACCUCCUUUUUAUGGCUACAUUUACUCUGUGUUAGGAACAGAAGCCUACCUGAGGCUCGGAUUUUUAAUUCAGUGUUCCUGGAUCUCUACUUGUGUUGUUUUGGAUGUAAUGAAUGUCAUGUGGAUGAUCAAAAUUUCAAAGGGGUGCAUCAAAGUCAUCUCUCUCAUCAGACAAGAGAAAGCCAAAAAGAGUCUUCAGAAUGGAAAACUUGACUAAAAGUGGGCUAUUGAUAAGCAUACUUCGUGAUUACCCACAUUAUAUCUUCUGAUAGGUUGAAUUCUUGGCAUGUUCUUGUGCUUCUUUAUUAAUUAUACUUGUUAUUCUCGGUUUCAAUGUCCUUUUUUUCCUAACCGUUAGAAAAGAGAAACUAAAAUUUAGUUUUUAUCUGUAGAUUUAUUUUCUGAUAUUCUUCGGCAUUAUAAGCAUGGAUAAAAUCUUAAAGGUUUAAAUAAAAAUGUAUAAAUAUGGUGGUGAAUCUUUUUAGAAACCUGUUAACCAGCAUUGGUAUUUUUCUCUGUGAUAACAUGACUAUGCUAAUUUGGUGCACUUGGUUUUAUGUCACCGAUUUUGCUGAAAGAAUGGGAACUGCUUUUAAAUAUGUAGAUAGCUCUCCACAUUUUGUUGUAUUGCACUCAUUUCUUACUAUGGCUGUCAAUACCUGUGUAGUGUUUAAUUUCCAAAUUGUUGAAAUGUUCUUUUUCUUAGGCUAUUAGAAGUGAUGUCUUUUUCAUUUAGAUAUGCUGUCAUCUACUAAUAAUGAAGUAUUUUGCUUAUUUGGGGAAUCUUUAAUUAGUUAAAUUAUGGAAAAAUUUCUUGCAUUUUCAGAUUUUUCUGACAUCACUUCAUUAUUUCUAUUUUAAACAUUUUUUCAAAUUAUUGCUUUUUUCUUUUGUAGUAAAGCUUAAGACCAAUCUAAUAGAGCUCCUUAAGAGAUGAAUUCUUCCUUCUAAACAUGCAUGUUCUAGAUGACUAUUUGGGCUAAUAGGAGGAAUCAUUAAGAAAAAAGCUUUAACACUGCUGUCUCUAUCUGCGUCCCUUGCACUUUUUCUAUGAAAAAUAUAUUAUUUCUAUUUGCAAAACCUCCCGGGUUCAGAACCCAACAUCAUUAGCACCAAAAACUCAUGCAAUAUGUAUUUAUCAUGCUCCUAAGGUAGGUCUCUUCUUGAUGAGACCAAGACUACGAAACAAAAUCAGUAUUCAUAUUUUACUCACAAUUUACACCCAUGCUUUUGCUUAACCAGCAUUUUGAGUGCUUUGAAUUUGUGUCUUUCCUAAAGGAUAGGAAAACAACAGAUAAUUUAAUCCAAGCAUUCUGAUUAUCAAUAUUAUUGCUUUAUCUGAGGAUAAAUGACUGGUGACUUAUUUUUUCUGUUUGUGGGUAUGUUUGUGUUUGCUUUGGUCCUUACAACCCAAAUAUAGAAUUAUAUAGUUAGCUAUUAUUGCCUUUAUUUAUUUUUCUCAAGUAGUUUAAUGAUCAUCCUUACCUAAGGAAAAAAAUUAAUCAGCGGUAAAUACUAGAAUUUAGUUGAACCCAAACCAGAAGAUCUAAUUCAUUCCGUUUGAAGGAGAAUGUGUGACUUACUCUUAUUGUCCAUGUUAUGAUGAUGAAGGGAGGCUAGCUGGAUAUUUCAGGACUUCUGAUUUGAUGUGAUUUGAUUGAUUUGGCUGUCCCAUGCAGAUGGGGCCUGAUACAUUGUAGAACAUUUGAAGAAGGUAAUUGAGAUCUCGGUCAGUAACUAAAUGAAAAAUUGAAAUUGAUUGGCUUAUACCAGGUACACUUAUUUUUGAAAGACUUAAUUAAAGUAAUAUAAAAUAUAGGUAUUUGUUUUUAAAUCUGCUAAUAUUACAUUGAUAAUUUGUUACUAAAUUUAGUGCCUUCUACACAUAGGCACUUAAACAGGUAUUGGUUGUUUAGCAGGGGUAGGAAAGCACGUGGUUUUAUCUUGUUCUUUUCUUGCUCUUUUGCAAGAAAAAUGACUUUUUAAAAGGAAAACAUUUAUAUUAGAAAACUAUUUUGGAAAUUCAUUCCUUUAGGAAGAAACAAAACUUGAAAUAAAUAUUUUUGACUUUGGAUAUUUCUGUAGCUUCUGAACACAGAUUUUAAACCCACCAUCAAAAGGAAGACAAUAUAGGGCUUCCCUGGUGGCGCAGUGGUUGAGAGUCCGCCUGCCGAUGCAGGGGACACGGGUUCGUGCCCCGGUCCGGGAAGAUCCCACAUGCCACGGAGCGGCUGGGCCCGUGAGCCAUGGCCGC